CUGUCUCCUCUCUCUCUUCAAGAAGUCCCACAUUCACAUUUCAAAAAAAUAAAAUAAAAAAAGAAGUCCCCUUUACCUUGAUCCCCCCACUCUCCCUCUCUGUCAAGCAUCAGAAAAACUGAGGUCCAAGCCUCAAUGCGGCAUCAAUCUCAAGCUCAUUAUCUUGUCCUCUCCUGCUCCUUUCUCCUCCUCUUCCUUAUCUUAAUACUCAGAUCAAACCUCUCAUCUCCUCUUCCUUAAGUCUCUCUCCACAGCGUCAUCUCACCCAAGCCCAAGCCUACCCGGACCGGAUCCCCAACUCUCCCGCCCCGAUAUCCGCCUCGAGAAGCAGGACCGUUCUGAAAUGGAGAGCCGAGUUCCAAUCCAUUCUGGAAGACAGCGUCGCUGGUGACGGCCGGAGCUGAUUCCGUGAUUUCCCUCUUCAUCAGGGUUUGUGUCGUGCUCAGCGGGCUGGGUCGGCUUUUGAAAAAACAAAAAACCUAGAAAAAAAGAAGAAAAGAAAUUAUGAGUGAAAGGGGCCGUUAGUGUAACCAUAUCCACCUAAAGGCUGAAGCUACCGACUCUUCUUCUUCUUCUUCUUCCGGCCAAUCUCCACACCCUAAAGUUCGCCCAUCUUCGAUACUCCUUAAAGCCAAUGGCGGCUAUAAGUUCUCUGGUGGGAAGCAUUCCCCAAAUUGGUCUGACAAUAUGCAGAGAUGAUGGUUAUUCAAAAAGGCGGGCGAAGAAUUCUGUGGUUUCUAUUAGGGGCCCUCGUCUACCCUUAUUUUCUUCUCAGACCAGACGUCUGCUUCAAGUUGGUCCGGGUAAAUCAAGUUUACCAAGAAAGAAGAGGAAUAGUUGGGAACAAUGUAUCUCCAUAUUUGGAGAGCCUUUGACUGGAGCUCCUUUUCCCCGAAAGUAUAACGGCAUUUCUAGCUCUUUUUGCCAAAGCAGAAGCUCUUCAUGGCAAAGUAGAAGUCGUCUUCGCCUCAGGACGUCCACACCAAGUGCCUUUCCUGACAGAACUUCUUUCUGUUUAUCCAACCGUAAACUUGAGAAGGCUUUUGUGAAGGAUCUGCAUAUUCCAUAUGCAACCGUAGGUCCAGAUGAGCCACAUGCAGCAAGUACAUCUUGGCCAGAUGGUAUUCUUGAGAAACAGGAGCCAGAUAUAGUAUAUCCUGGAGUAGAACAAACAGAGGUAGAGGGGUUUCUAAGUUCUGAACUUCCAUCUCACCCAAAGUUGUAUCGAGGACAACUGAAAAAUGGUCUGCGCUAUCUGAUUUUACCAAAUAAAGUUCCGCCAAACAGGUUUGAAGCACACAUGGAAGUGCAUGUAGGAUCAAUCGACGAGGAAGAGGAUGAGCAAGGAAUUGCACAUAUGAUUGAACAUGUUGCUUUCCUUGGAAGUAAGAAACGCGAGAAACUUCUUGGGACGGGGGCUCGAUCCAAUGCUUACACCGAUUUCCAUCAUACAGUGUUUCACAUCCAUUCGCCACUUAGUACAAAGGAUUCUGAUGAAGAUCUCCUUCCAAAUGUGCUGGAUGCCUUGAAUGAGAUUGCUUUUCACCCAAAAUUCCUUUCUUCUCGGGUUGAGAAGGAACGGCGGGCUAUACUUUCAGAAUUACAGAUGAUGAAUACAAUAGAUUAUCGCGUUGACUGCCAGUUAUUACAACAUCUGCACUCUGAAAACAAGCUAAGCAAAAGGUUCCCGAUUGGAUUAGAGGAGCAGAUUAAGAAGUGGGAUGUAGAUAAAGUGCGAAAAUUUCAUGAGCGUUGGUACUUCCCUGCAAAUGCAACCUUAUACAUUGUUGGGGAUAUUGACAACAUCUCAAAAACAAUUUACCAAAUUGAGGCUGUCUUUGGACAAACUGGCCAAGAAAAUGGGUCAGCACCUACUCCUAGUGCGUUUGGUGCAAUGGCUAGUUUCCUUGUCCCUAAGCUUUCAGUUGGCCUGACUGGAAAUUUGCCUACUGAAAGAUCUACUAAUUCCAUUGAUCAAACAAAACUCCUUAAAAAGGAAAAGCACACUGUUCGUCCUCCUGUGAAGCAUAAUUGGUCACUCCCUGGAAGUAGUAUGCAUUUGAAGCCUCCACAGAUUUUUCAGCAUGAAUUGAUUCAGAAUUUCUCAUUUAAUAUGUUCUGCAAGAUUCCUGUGAACAGGGUUCGAACAUAUGGCGACUUGCGAAAUGUUCUAAUGAAGAGAAUAUUUCUUUCUGCUUUGCAUUUCCGAAUUAAUACAAGAUACAAGAGUUCAAACCCACCAUUUACUUCAAUUGAAUUGGAUCAUAGUGACUCUGGAAGGGAAGGAUGCACAGUCACUACUCUUACUGUAACUGCCGAACCCAAGAAUUGGCAAACUGCAAUAAGAGUUGCUGUUCACGAGGUUAGAAGGCUCAAAGAAUUUGGUGUUACUAAGGGUGAAUUGACACGUUAUAUAGAUGCUUUAUUAAAAGAUAGUGAGCAUCUGGCGGCUAUGAUAGAUAAUGUAUCUUCAGUUGAUAAUUUGGAUUUCAUUAUGGAGAGUGAUGCGCUGGGCCAUACAGUAAUGGAUCAGAGACAAGGACAUGACAGUCUGGUUGCUGUUGCUGGAACUGUUACUCUUGAAGAGGUUAACUCUAUUGGCGCCAAGGUGUUGGAAUUUGUUUCUGAUUUUGGAAAGCCUACUGCACCCCUUCCUGCAGCGAUCAUUGCUUGUGUUCCAAAGAAAGUGCAUGUUGAUGGAAAGGGUGAAACUGAGUUCACCAUUUCCCCUGAUGAGAUUACAGCUGCUACGAGAGCUGGAUUGGAGGACCUCAUUGAACCUGAGCCAGAGCUUGAAGUGCCAAAAGAAUUGAUAUCUUCAUCACAGUUGCAGGAAUUGAGGCAGGAGCGCAUGCCAUCCUUCAUCACCUGUAGCCCAGAAACAAAUAUGACAAAAAUUUAUGACAAGGAAACAGGGAUCACUAGAGCUCGUCUUUCAAAUGGAAUUGCUGUAAAUUACAAGAUUUCGAAAAGUGAGGCUCGGGGAGGUGUGAUGAGGCUUAUAGUUGGUGGUGGACGGGCAACUGAAAGUCCUGAAUCAAAGGGUUCUGUUGUUGUGGGUGUACGAACUCUUAGCGAGGGAGGUCGUGUUGGAAACUUUUCAAGGGAGCAGGUAGAACUGUUCUGUGUGAAUCACUUGAUUAAUUGCUCAUUGGAGUCCACGGAGGAAUUUAUUUCUAUGGAAUUCCGUUUCACUUUAAGAGAUAAUGGGAUGCGUGCCGCUUUCCAAUUGCUUCACAUGGUACUUGAGCAUAGUGUCUGGCUGGAUGAUGCAUUUGAUAGAGCAAGACAAUUAUAUUUGUCAUAUUAUCGCUCCAUCCCUAAAAGCUUGGAGCGCUCAACUGCUUACAAACUCAUGUUGGCAAUGUUGGACGGGGAUGAGCGUUUUGUAGAACCUACACCAACAUCAUUGCAAAAUUUAACUUUGCAAUCUGUGAAGGAUGCAGUGAUGAACCAAUUUGUUGGCAAUAACAUGGAGGUAAGUGUUGUUGGGGACUUCUCGGAGGAGGAAAUCGAGUCUUGUAUUCUUGAUUACUUGGGAACAGUACAAUCAGCAAAAAAAUUUGAGACUGAGCAGAAGUAUAAUCCGGUUGUGUUUCGACCAUCUUCUGAUUUGCAGUCUCAGCAAGUGUUCUUGAAAGAUACAGAUGAGAGAGCAUGUGCAUAUAUUGCAGGUCCUGCACCAAAUCGUUGGGGUUUCACUGUUGACGGUAAAGACCUGUUUGAGUCGAUCACUGAUAUUUCUUCUAGUGAUGAUGCGCAGCUGAAAUCUGCAGAGCUAGUUGUGGAGGGUAAGGAUAUUCAGAAGGAUCUGCAAAGAAAACUCCGUGGUCAUCCGCUUUUCUUUGGCAUCACAAUGGGGCUCCUGGCUGAGAUUAUAAAUUCCAGACUUUUUACGACGGUCAGAGAUUCACUUGGCUUGACAUAUGAUGUCUCAUUCGAGUUGAACCUUUUUGAUAGGCUGAAUCUCGGAUGGUAUGUCAUAUCUGUAACAUCAACUCCUGGCAAGGUGCGUAAUUUAGAUUCAUAUACAGCAAAAAUAUGUUGGUGUUAUUCCAGUCUCCUCACAGGUUUAGCUGUAAUAAACAUUCAGGUUCACAAAGCUGUUGAUGCAUGCAAGAAUGUCCUUAGAGGUUUGCAUAGCAACAAGAUUUCCCAAAGGGAGCUGGACAGGGCAAAACGGACGCUUCUGAUGAGACAUGAAGCUGAGAUCAAGUCAAAUGGCUACUGGCUUGGACUUUUAGCUCACUUGCAAGCUUCUUCUGUUCCAAGGAAGGAUAUAUCUUGCAUCAAAGAUCUUACUACUUUGUACGAAAUCGCUGCUAUUGAGGACGUAUACAUUGCAUAUGAUCAAUUGAAAAUAGAUGACGAUUCUUUGUACUCAUGUAUUGGAAUUGCUGGGGCUCAAGCUGGUGAUGAAAUGACUGAAGUCGAAGAACCAGAGGGAGGCUUUCCAGGUGUUUUCCCAGUUGGGCGUGGGUUAUCUACAAUGACACGGCCUACAACAUGAUCUUAGAUUAUAUGUGCCAUCUCACAUAUAGUAAAGACAUAUCUAGCAUUAAGGUCCAGCGGCGAGAAGCUAAGACCAGAUAAUGCUAAAGGCCUGCUCGCCAAAGUCGCGCCAGAACAAAUUAUAGCACACACCAUAGUCAUGCCAUUCAAUGUGAAGUCAUCAACUGUCUUGGUUGACAUGCUCCUGCAUAUUAUUACCAUUGGGAGCAAUUGGAAACCACUGAUGCUUGCUUCAUUCCCAGUUCAACAGUGAGCAUUGGGUGGUAGAAAACAGUAGCAUGAUUUGUCUAGUACAAAAUUACGGGCUAUACCAAGUGCCUGGGCCAAUUCUUUGAUAUUGUAAAUACAUGAGCCUCUUGUCAGUUAUCCAAAAUUUUGCCUUAUGCUGUCAAUACUAGGCGAAUACCUAGACCCUAGCCUCUCUCUUUUGAUAUAUUACUGGUAGAUAAUAUAUUCAUGCCCCUGCCAAGUAUUCAAUUUGCAUCUGCCCAUGGAGGUUUUAUUGCAUAAAA